AGUGAAAAUACACAAGCUGGUUAGCACAGACAUUGUUUGACACUGAAUACAAAAGGCAGAUUAAAAAGCCCAACAAAAGGGGAUGAACGAAGGCAUAGGCCAGGCAGGCUAGAGGCCGGACCUACUUAGAGUACGAUUUCCUAGGGCUAGAGAUAAAGGUGUUUUCACAAAGGAAUCGAUGAAGAACUACCGGUCAUUACAAGCUCAUAACUACUUUGUGUCUGGUUGGGUGAAUACUGUCAACUACAUGCUGUCACAAAGUGGUUCGGUUUUUGUGUUUAAAGCUGAUGUCAAGCCAUCCCAGAGGUUAAAUGACCAGCCCCAUCAUCCAUGGGUUAUCGUAAAGAAAGAUGGAAGCAUAAAUACAGCCCACUGUGAUUGUAUGGCAGGAUUAGGAGAAUCAUGUUCUCAUGUUGCAGCCCUGCUAUUCAAAGUGGAAGCCGCAGUUCAGUUGGGCUAUACAUCAAGGCUUUGCACUGAAGAACCAUGCAAGUGGAAUGAGUGUUUUACCAAAAAAGUGGAACCAGCACCUGUCCAUCAAAUUCAGUUUUAUACUACUAAAACUAAAGAAAAACUGAAGACAGUAAAAAGACAGCGCAAAGAAUCCGAUGCAGAAACUCCUUCUCAGCAAGCCAGCUUUUUGCGUGAACUAAAACAAAAAAACCCAAAAUCUGUUGCUUAGUGUAGCUUCAAAUGAUAAAUAUUGUGAUGACUUUGUGGUGACAUGUCCCGUCAAUCAGCCAGUUGCCAUGCCAAUAAAUCUGCAGACUCUGUUUAAACCGGACAAUGCUGAGCAUUUGGAAAAUGCUAAAAAGGAAGCAGUAUCCAAAUUGGAUGUAACAAAUGAACAAAUAAAACAAUUUAUUGAUAGGACCGCUGCACAGGGAGACUCGCCAAUUUGGCAUGAGAUGCGACUUGGAAGAAUAACUGCCUCCAAGGUGCAUAGUGUACUCCAUACCAACACAGAAAAUCCAGCGAAAUCUGUUUUACAGGGUAUUUGCAGCCCAAUGGGAAAUUUAGCUUCUAUUCCUGCUAUUCAGUGGGGCAGGAAACAUGGGGACACUGCAGCCAAACAUUAUGAAAAUUUCGUCCAAAACCACCACAUGGACAGCUCCAUUUCUAAGACUGGACUUUGGAUAAGCCAAGAGCACUUGUUCAUUGCAGCCUCACCUGAUGCUCUUGUAUCAUGCAGAUGUUGUGGGUCUGGAGUUGUUGAAAUCAAAUGUCCCUACAAACAUAAGGAAAAUGAAACAGAGGCCAUAUUGGGAGACAAAGCUGGGUGUCUGGAAGUUACCGAUGGCAAACCAACCCUUAACCCUUUCAGUCCCAUAAGCGCUUUAAGCGCUCUCUAAUUAUCGUCAGUAAUUAAUUAAUUAACAAUAAUUUUAAAAAAAACGUAUGUGCAGUAAUGUGUGCAUGUAUUUUCAUUAAAUAUUCGAGAAAAUAUCAAAAAAUUUUUAUAAAAAAAAUGUUUCUUGGUGCUUUUUUAAUUAACUUGAAUGAUUAGAGUAAUUAAAAAUAUGAAAUAUGAUCGUUAUUUUUGUAAUAUGAUACCCUUGAACGGGAAGGCGCCGCCGUCAACACUGAUGAAUAGAAUUGUCUAAAAAUACACUUUUUUUCAAAAAGUAACAAAUCUGACACUUUCCUAUAAUAUAAAUAUAUAUUCAAUAUACAUACUGUACCAGUUUUGGUUAUUAUAUCCUCAUAUUUCCACGUAAAAUUAAUUUUUUUUGUGGCUGAAAA